AUGGGGGACCAGCCAUUCGUCAGACAAGGGGGCGGAAUGCGCCGAGCAGAUGAUACAGUGCGCGCGACGCGUCGGGGUGCCACCGUCAUCGUCCGGCCCGCACUCGCUGCGUCCGUUUUGCCACUGAAUGUGCUCGCCCGCGACUCCUACUGUAUGCGCGAAGCAGCCCUGGGUGUGAUUGCGGGUUUAUCUUUGGGGGAGUCUGUAUUGCUGCUAUCAUUUGGCUAUCAUCAGGCUAUGUUCGAGGGGACCGGUCCUAAUUUCGAGGGCGGGACCGAGCGUUGUUGGCAGAAAACCUGA